UCAGCGCUGCAGAGCUCAUUUGAAUGCUGUGACCGCUGCUGAGGGCCAGAAGAGGGAGAGGAGAGACGGAGGUGAAGCAGACUGAGGAGUACAGAGGACGCACAGGUAGAAAAAAGGAGGAGAACCAGGCGAUUACACAUUUGUGUUUAAGCGUUAUCAAGACUUUAAAACACUAUAUUUUCCCAUCAUGGCGGAGAGCGCAGACAUGGAGCAGCUCCUGGUGUCUUUCAAGAAGUUCGCCAUCCAUGGAGACACAAAGGCCACGGGGAAGGAGCUGAACGGGAAGAACUGGGCCAAACUGUGCAAAGACUGCAAGAUCAUCGACGGCAAAGGUGUCACCAGCACCGACGUGGACAUCGUCUUCUCCAAAGUCAAACAGAAGACGUCUCGCGUCAUCACCUACGAGGAGUUUAGAAGAGCUCUGGAGGAUUUGGCUCCGAAGAGAUUUAAAGGUCAAAGUAAAGAGGAGGCGGUGGAGUCCAUCUUCAAACUGGUUGAAGGAAAAGAGCCCAACAACGUUGGAGUGACGAAAGUGGCAAAGAAGGGGGCUGUGGACCGUCUUACGGACGCGUCCAAAUACACUGGAUCACACAAGGAGCGCUUCGACGAGACCGGCAAGGGAAAAGGUCGCGAGGGGCGCGAGGAGCUGGUGGAGAACACGGGCUACGUGGGCUCAUACAGGAACGCCGGGACGUACGAUACAAAGGUGAAGGCUGAUAAAUAAGGAGGCAGGAAGAACAGCGACAGCACUUAGUCUGGACCAAACCUUGAACUUUGAUCUCUCUGUGUAUGAAUAUCUGUGUGUGUGUGUGUGUGUGUGUGUGUGUGUGUGUGUGAGUGUGUGUGGCUUGGGCAGACUGACGGACUUUACAGUCUGUAAACUCGUAAACACGUGGAUGUGACAGACGUACUUCAGCUCCAUCAGGAGUGUGUGUGUCUGUGGGGGAGGGGGGCUCAUCCUCACAUGAAAUGCUCAGUUGAUAUUUUACAUCCCUCCAAAAUAUAUCUAGCUUUUCUGUGAUUGUUGUGGCCUAAAAUGCCGGAUGCUUUUUCCAAAACUUGUUCUGCACAUGGCAAUGUCUCAAGACCUUUUUGAGCAACACAUUAAAUAUAAAUCAGUGUGGACAAACUCUCCUCUGAAGCAUUCUGUUGACUGAAUUACAGCUGCUUGUCUUCUGAUGUCACUUCAGGUUAACUUUUGGGUCAGAAAGCCAAAAUGAAAUUAAAGGUAUUUGUCAUGAAAUACAUAUAUUUUUUGUAAACCACCGCAAAGCGACAGGUGUAUAACUCUCUAUGUACAACAAACUAUUUGAGAACAGUUUGAGAUGGAGGUUCAAUUCCCCAAUAACGAUUCUCUGUUCAGUGCUUAGUCUCAAAAAAUGUAAAGUGGGCGACCGGGGUUCAAAUCAGACUGUGGCUCCCUUCCCGCAUUUCUUCCCCCAAAUUCUCUCCCUGAUUUCAGACUCUACCCACUCUCCUGUCCGUCAAAUAAAGGCAUAAAAAGCCCCAAAAAUAAAAAGAAGAGGCUGAUUGGUCAAAUUUGUGGACAUGUUGCAGGGAUUGGCCAAUUGCAAGGUCGCUUAAAAGAUGUAGAGAUUGUUUUACUUUAUGUGAAAUUACCUUUUUGCACCAUCACAACGUCCUGCAGAGACUGAAAGCCGAUUUGCUUCAAAAGCGACUCAGUUUUGACCCCAGGAGUCAGUUUGAGCACAUUUGCUAUUGAUUCACUUCCUGUGUAUCGAUGUCUCUCCUCCAGGGAGACUUUAAACGUCUCCCUUUUAUAAGUCCCUGUCUGUUACAGAGCAGAUCCUGUCGUGUCCUGAGGGUUAAAAUGUCCUCCUCAACAUUUAAAAUCUCACUCCCCACCUCCUCCUAUUACAUCCACCCUGUCUGAACGGAGCUUUAAUGUGUUUGUAAAGUUUAACAUGUUGGUCUACUGAGGAACGUUAUGACCAUUUAAUCUUUCAUUAUAGUGUAGUUUACUUUAAGCAUCCUCUCAGCUCUCUGUUUCUGAGGUUUCCGAUAUUUAAUCAUCAGCAGAAGCUUUCAGAUUCACGUUGAAUGUGACUGAAACUAAAUCUGCAGAAUCCUGAAACCUGAUGUCGUGUUGGGUUUGUUUUCAUUGUUUUCUAAUAUAUAUUUUGCAGCCUUGUUCUUCUUCUGCAGUAUCGUUAUUUACAACAUGUUAUGUCUGAAACUCUCUCGGUGUGUGCAGUGGAUGCAGGUGCAGAAACUGGAUUUUACCUGAAGUGGACAUUUCUUUAUUGAACAAAUAAAGACAAAAAAAAGUUUUCUCA